AUGGUUCUGUCGGAGAUAGAGCCAUCCGUGUCGGAAUCUCUGGCAGACGAAUCUGAUCGUCGUUUCGCCAAUCUGAGAGGCGUACGGUGGCGCGUGAAUCUCGGUGUUCUUCCGUUUCAACCUUCUUCGAUCGAUGAUCUUCGCAAAGCAACAGCCGAAUCUCGCAGAAGAUAUGCUGCUUUAAGGAGACGCCUCUUGAUAGAUCCACAUUUGUCUAAAGACUUACGAAAUUCCCCUGAUCUCUCAAUCGACAAUCCCUUAUCACAAAACCCAGAUAGUACAUGGGGUCGGUUCUUUCGUAACGCGGAGCUAGAGAAAACAUUGGAUCAAGAUUUGUCGAGGUUAUAUCCAGAGCAUUGGAGCUACUUUCAAGCUCCUGGAUGUCAAGGAAUGUUAAGACGCAUUCUACUCUUGUGGUGCCUGAAACAUCCCGAGUACGGGUAUCGACAAGGAAUGCAUGAGCUUUUGGCUCCUCUGCUUUAUGUACUUCAUGUCGAUGUCGAGCGUCUCUCUGAAGUUCGUAAGAGCUACGAAGAUCACUUCACGGACAGAUUCGAUGGUUUAUCUUUCGAGGAAAGAGAUAUUACAUACAACUUUGAAUUCAAGAAGUUCCUGGAGGAUUUCACGGACGAUGAGAUUGGUGAUAUCCACGGGAAUUCGAAGAAAAUCAAGAGUCUAGACGAGCUCGAUCCUGAAAUCCAGUCCAUUGUGUUGUUAAGCGAUGCUUAUGGAGCUGAAGGAGAACUCGGGAUUGUCUUGUCGGAUAAAUUCAUGGAGCACGAUGCUUACUGCAUGUUUGAUGCUCUGAUGAGUGGAGCUCAUGGUUGUGUCUCAAUGGCUGGAUUCUUCGCUUACACUCCAGCUAACGGAUCCCACACGGGUUUACCUCCCGUUCUUGAAGCGUGCACUGCGUUUUACCAUCUCUUGUCGUUUGUUGAUUCGUCUCUGCAUAGUCAUUUGGUAGAACUCGGAGUUGAACCUCAGUACUUUGGGCUUCGUUGGCUACGUGUUUUGUUUGGAAGAGAGUUUUUGCUUCAGGAUCUGUUGAUAGUGUGGGAUGAGAUAUUCUCAGCUGAUAAUACACCGAGAACAGAUGAGGAUAACAUUACAAGCCAGAGCUUCAAGAUCUUUGAUUCUCCUAGGGGAGCUUUAAUCUCGGGGAUGGCUGUUUCGAUGAUAUUAUCUCUAAGAUCUUCUCUGCUUGCUACUGAAAAUGCAGCUUCUUGUCUCCAGAGACUGUUGAAUUUCCCAGAGAAGAUCGAUGUGAGGAAGAUAAUAGAGAAAGCUAAGUCAUUACAAGCAUUGGCUUUGGAUGCUGAUGUUCGUUCAUCAGCUCUAGCUGUUUUCGAUCAGAGCAUCAGUCCUGCAGUACCGACGAGGACUAGUAGCUUCCCUUCGGGUUCCACUUCGCCUAAAUCCCCGCUGAUAAUCACACCGCAGAGCUACUGGGAGGAGAAAUGGAGAGUUCUUCAGAAAGCAGCAGAGGAAGAGAAACAGAAUCCUUCAGUACCGAAGAAGAAGGCAUGGUUCAAGGUGAAAAGACUCUUCAGAGCAGAGUCUGAGCCUACACAUAGCGCCAAGGCAGAAAGCAAAGCCAAGGUUUCAUCAGUCGCGCGUAACUUGCUUGAAGAUUUCAAUCGGCAGGUCGUUUCUGAACCUGAGGAAGCUAAUACAGUAGAUGUUGUGAACAAUGAAGAUAGCUCAGUUCAAGAAACCGAGGAAGCAAAUAUAGUAGAUGUUGUGAACAAUGGAGAUAGUUCAGUUCAAGAAACCGAGGAAGCAAAUAUAGUAGAUGUUGUGAACAAUGGAGAUAGUUCAGUUCAAGAAACAGAGGAAAGAAAUACGGAUUUCGAAACUGCUGGUGAAGAGAGUGUAGGAGCAGUUGAAGAGAACUCAUCUGAUGUCUUCUCAGAUCCAAACAGUCCACUCAGAGAUUCAAACUCCAUCGAGAAUGAUUCGGAUAGCAGCACCGGGUCGAUUCUGUUUGCCAAUGAAAAAGUUAAAGAUGAAGAAACAAGCGUAGUAGAUUCGCCUCUUCCCAUUUCUUCUCAGCCGAGCAUCGAGUUUCCAGUAGCUCAGUCUAAUGACGAAGAGGACACUGCAGAUAAAUCUGUGGCCGUUAUCAAGGAGCGUGGUAAGGCUUUACCUGGAAAAUUCCAAUGGUUUUGGAAGUUUGGACGCAAUCUCACUAGCGAAGAGACAAGAUCCAAUGGUGUCGAAAGCAGUAAGAGCGAUUUGGUUUGCUCCUCUGAGACACAUUCUCCUCCACAGGCUUCAUCUUCCAGCAGCAAAGGAGAUACAGACCAGAAUGUGAUGAGUACUCUAAAGAAUCUUGGAAACUCCAUGCUCGAACACAUUCAGGUGAUCGAGUCGGUUUUCCAGCAAGAAAGGGUUCAGGUUCAGGCAGGAUUAAUGGAGAACAUAUCCAAAACCAAUUUUGUCGAGAAGGGACAAGUCACAGCCGUUACAGCUCUCAAGGAGCUUCGGAAAAUCAGUAAUCUUUUGUUGGAAAUGUGA